UACUUCCUCCGAUACUCACAACGCGCAGCCUUUAGGAGGUCGUUAUUUAAACUUACAGCACUUUGGGACAGGAAGAAUGCUCUUUUAACGCGUGAUGGGAGAGAAUGCAAGUCUCAACUUCACGAGGGAUAGCCAAGGAAUGGCGCAAGUGUUCGUUACUACACAAACAGCACUUAUGUUUCUGAUAAUGUUCGGGACGCUCGUUUGUAAUAUCUUGGUAGGAAUUGUCAUUAUAAGGAGAACGCACCACCACAACGCUUCACCUUCAAAUAUUUUCCUUUUAAAUCUCACAAUUGCUAAUACUCUACUGGCAAUACUAGUUCUACCGUUAAUUAUCGCAUCCAUGUUAAUGCAGCGCUGGAUUUGGGGGAACUUCUGGUGCCAAGCGUGUGGAUUUUUUGGAACUCUUCUUACCACAGACGCACUGUUGACUGUGAUGGUUCUCAGUUACGAUCGUUAUCACUACAUUGUAAAUCCACUCUCGUAUCCUAUGCGUAUGUCAGCUGUGAAGACCCGUGUUUUAGUGGCCUACACUUGGCUUCAGAGCUCAUUCACGGCUAUUUUACCGCUUGUUGGAUGGGGGAUUUACGGCUUUCAAGUUCCCAAGUCUAGCUGUACUGUAUUGUGGGAUAACCCAAGAAGCGAAGGCUACGCUAAACUUUUUUCGAUUAGCGUGUUUAUAAUUCCUCUCGUUGUCAUGAUUUGGACUUAUUCUCACAUCAUGAAAGCUGCCCGAAGACAAGCAAGAAUAGGAAAUAUUGCCGUUCUCAAUGCUGGCUUUAGAAGCUCCAUAAGUUCAACCGGAUCGGGACAAUUCACCGGCUCCAAAGCUCUACGGACUACUGUUCUAGUUCUGGGGACGGUGAUAGUAUUUUUGGGACCAUAUAAUGUGACUAUAUUGCUAGAAUCAAGCGGAGUAACUCUACCAAAAGCCUUGCAUAUAACCGCUACCAUAUUAUGCUACAGCAUUUCACUUCUCUAUCCGCUGAUAUACGGUAUAAGGGUUAAAGGAAUUCGUAGGGACAUUAAGCGGAUGGUGUGCUCAACGUUAUGUUGUAUUGAUUACGUGCGGCCUAUCAGCGCUGCAGAAGCUUUCCUCAUUUCUCCCGCGGCUAGAGCGUUCAGAAAUCGGUCUGUUUCUGACGGUUCUGUUUGCUCCAUCAAUGACCUUGAAGCCCCGAGAACCGAGACGGAAAGGGAUGUGACGGGUUGGUGUCUACCUCCGAUUCGAGAAGAGAUUGUAUUAGGGCGAGAGAGCCACAAACCCGGCACGAGUACCGAGCUGACAGAUUUGGAAAUUAUGUCUCUCUCAAUCCCAGGACAGAUCAUGGAUAAAAAUUAAAGAAAGUUAGAAAAAUUGACAGAAGAUAAUUUAAAUAAAAAAAGCAUGCAAGGUUUAAUAUAUUUGAUAAUGCUCGGGAGAAUUCUACUUAAAGAUUUUAGAUAACAAGCAAAAAAUAAAAAUAAAAAAACAUGAA